CUACAUUUAUUAAACUUAUCGAUCUGCGGCAUCUGUCAACCAGUUUUAAUGACCAAACACACAAUUAAAUUAUUUCCAACAGCUGUAGAGACAUAAAAAUUUUCUCUCAUUAAGUUUUUCAUAUAUUUACACGUGAAAAUGUACGCAUAAAUAGACAUCGCCUUAGAAAAUUGAUUUCACAGGCAGUGGCACCGCCCAAUCAGCAUCAUCAGCUACCUGUGUUUCGUCUGCUGAUAGCUAUCUACAGACAAUUCAUUUUGUAUGCUACAAGAUUUCCAAGGUAUACUGAAGAAACGCGUGUUUAAUAUUCGAUUAACAGUUUAAAGACAAAAAGUUGACAUUGAUUUUUAUGCAUUUUUAGCAACGGAGGCUGCGGAUUAAUGUAUUAAAAGCCCGUGCGCGGACUGACGUCACUUAGUAACCCCCAUAACAGAAAAGAUAUCUGCACAACGAAGCGAUCGAUUUUUACAUUGGAUGGUAGCAAGUUGCCGCAUAUUUAAACAGGCUUUGUCGUGUGGCUUGUUUGCAUCUAUGAAACCGGUAUAUGGUAGCCAUUUUGUUGAUGAAAUAUUUAGCCGGAGAUAUGCUUUAGCUAAAAAUAUAUGAAGUUUUCAUACAUGUCCGUGUUUUUACCGGCAUCGCUAAAACGGUGUGAUGAGUAAGAUAGUUGGAUGUAUAUACGAGAGGUGAUUCUGUGAGUCAAUAGCUUUUACUUUAUAUUCAAUGAAUAUAUGAUAAUAACGAAUUAUUUGGAUUGUACUUAAAAUAUAUUAAUACACCACAUUGUUUGGUCUUAAACAAUUCCAUCUCUUUAGAGCUUGAGCGUACAUAUCAGGCUCAGGGGUGGAAUACAUCGUUAAUUAAAGGAUUUUUAGAUUAAAGACGUGCAUAAAAAUGGGGUGUACUAUGAGUGCAGAGGAUAGGGCGGCCCUUGAGAGGAGUAAGGCCAUAGAGAAAAAUUUGAAAGAGGAUGGUAUACAAGCGGCGAAAGACAUCAAAUUACUGCUUCUAGGGGCCGGCGAAUCUGGAAAAAGUACUAUCGUUAAACAGAUGAAAAUUAUCCAUGAAGGAGGUUUCACAAGUGAGGAUAACAAACAAUAUAAACCUGUAGUUUACAGUAAUACAAUCCAGUCACUGGUGGCCAUCAUCAGGGCAAUGGGCACACUUAAUAUUCCAUUUGGUGAAAAUGACCGAGAGUCUGAUGCAAAGUUAGUUUUAGAUGUGAUAGCACGUAUGGAAGAUACUGAACCAUUUUCAGAAGAACUUCUAGCUGCCAUGAAAAGAUUAUGGGCAGACACUGGUGUACAAGAAUGUUUUGGGAGAUCAAAUGAAUACCAAUUAAAUGAUUCAGCAAAAUACUUUUUAGAUGAUUUAGAUCGUUUAGGAGCUAAAGAUUAUAUGCCAACAGAACAAGACAUAUUACGAACUAGAGUAAAGACAACUGGAAUUGUAGAAGUACACUUUUCAUUUAAGAAUUUAAAUUUCAAAUUAUUUGAUGUAGGAGGACAGAGAUCAGAAAGGAAGAAAUGGAUACACUGUUUUGAAGAUGUAACAGCCAUUAUAUUUUGUGUAGCAAUGAGUGAAUAUGACCAAGUACUACAUGAAGAUGAAACUACAAAUCGAAUGCAAGAAAGUCUAAAACUGUUUGAUUCAAUUUGUAACAACAAAUGGUUUACAGACACAUCUAUUAUAUUAUUUCUUAACAAGAAAGAUCUCUUUGAAGAAAAGAUUAAGAAAUCAUCAUUGACAAUUUGUUUCCCUGAAUAUACAGGUAAUCAAACCUAUGAGGAGGCAGCUGCUUAUAUCCAGGCACAGUUUGAAGCUAAGAACAAAAGUUCAACGAAAGAAAUCUACUGUCAUCAAACUUGUGCAACUGAUACGCAGAACGUCCAGUUUGUCUUUGAUGCUGUUACCGAUGUAAUCAUAGCCAACAAUCUACGUGGAUGUGGCUUGUAUUAGUCUUGGGCUGUUGAGCGUUUGUAUGUGAUUUGUAUUUCUACGUGCAUUGUGAGAAUCAAUGUGACCAUGACAUUAGUAAACAAAUUGACAAACGAUAAACAAUCAUAAUUUGCAAAGUUCCGAAGUACUGUGUAACCGUCUGAAAUAUUAAAUGUGUUAUAACUGUGCAAUUAUGAAAUAGUUUAUCACCAAGAAAUACCUACACAGUGAUCAUUUAUGUUAAACACUAGAAUGUGACUGCUCAUGAAGAGAUGUGUAACACAGAAAGGUUGAGGCCAAGCCUAAUAAUCAGGACUAGAAUUUUUUUUUUAGAAAAAAAAAUGGAUUGUUUCUGGUCUUGACAUCGAAUGUGAAAGUAGUAUGAUGAAAAGAAAUGGAGGAAUAUGAAAUAAACCAUUUCUAUAUUGUUGUCACUUGCUAAAUCACAGUACCACAGAUAUUUCAUGAUAUAAAUGUUUUUUCUUUUCAUUUUGCCUUGAAAAUACCGUGCAUUUUUAUGUUAGUAAUUCACAAACAUUAUGUCAUCAAACAUCUAAUGUAAUUCUCUGUACUACCUAUAAUAUAUUAACUAAUCUGUAUUUCAAUGUGAUAAAUAUAGAAUAUGAUAAUACUUGGGAAAUUCCCUUUUAUGCGCUGGUGGAUUUCAGAAUUCAUAUUCAUUUACCGUUGUUCCAGAAGCCACACCUCCUUAUAUAUGCAGAAUACAUUUACUGUAAUGUGACAUUUAUGAUUGACUAAAUAUAGAUCACCAAUAUCAUCAUUUGUGAAUACUGAAAUCCACCAGGAACGAGAGAUUAAUGGGCAAUGUUUGUCCUUUAGAGCUCUUAUAUAUACUGCAAUUAUUUGUCACCAGUCUGGAAACUAUUUAUGACUUGUGAAAAUCUGUAAAGAGCUCAAAUAUUCUGUCUCAGUUUUUUUUUUUUGAACAAUUCCAUUUAAAAGUGCUAGGGUAAGGAAAUGAUUAUUAUUUAGUUGUCAAGAUUUGUUUUGUUUUGUAAAUGGCAUAGUAAUAUAUAAUAUAAUCAGAAAGAUGUUUUAGGAGUAACUUGUAUUUUCAUGACUGCACCCCUCAGAUAUCUACAGUUUCAUUUAUCAAUGAAAUGUACAUGUACUUUGUUAUUUUAUGAUAAUAGCAGCAUUCAGCUAGUAGUAAUGCAGUAUUCGGUUAUUCACAGAGUGCCAGUCCACUCUUCAACAAUUUACAUCAGGUCGAUAUCACUGCUGUCAACAAAUUUCAGGAUCUAAUUGUUACCCAAACUAGCAAACAUGAUUCAAAUUGAAAGAUCAUAUGGAUUGUCUGGUAUAUGUUGAUGUUUUCAGUUUACAUAUUUUGUGUUUUAUACAUGCCAAAAUUUAAUUUAACUUUUUAUAUUUUUUUCUGUUGUAUUUAUCAAUAGAAAACCAAUAGUUUACAUUCUGUUUUUUUCUAAUUAAAAUUUUUCUUGAGGAUAACGUCUUUUUUUCGAAGUAUUUUACAUUUAGUUCAUAAUUAUUAUUUACUGUAGAAUUGAUAUAUUUUAUUACCAUGACUACAGGAAUAUGAAGAGCAAGUGUCUUUUUGCCUCAAUGACCUUUAUGACAAACAAAACAAGUUUAUGCAUUUUUUUCUUUUUUCAGUGCAUGAAAAAUAUUUACCGGUAAUGUAUUAAAUAGGAGAUCAGAGGGAAGGGAUUGUGCAAUUUUCUGGGAGGAUUUCACCAAUUUUCACAGCUUCAAAUUAUAAUAAUAGUAGUAUUAUUUAUGUAUAUUGUAGUCAGUUAAGUUAAACACAUCAGUGUGUGAUAUAGAUAUUACAAUAUUGUUGGAAUUAUUUAUAAAGAUUAUAUGUGACCAUGAUGCAUGUGAAAUCUGAGUGCCUGAGAAGCUUGAUGUUCAAUUUUCUAGUUUCUGUGAAUGUUUGUGCUAUUUAUGGAAAGAUGACAUUUUUGAGAUAUUGUGUAUAUUUGUGGAUAAAUAUUUCCUUUUAAAUGUAGAACAUUACUGGGAAAUUUGUAGCAUUUUUUUUUCAGACAGUGGCUACAGUAAUUAACCAGCAUUUUUCAAUAGUCAUUAUCUGAUCUUACUUGUCAAGUGAAGUUCUGCAUCACUGAUCAUAGUAGAAAAAGUUAAUUACUUCAGCUGCAUGAUAAGUAUAUAGUUUUAGAGCUAUGGUAAAUUGCAAAUUUAUUGUACCCAAAACAGAAGUUUUCACCUGAUAGAAACCAAGCAGAUAGAUUUAGUUGAUAUAAAAGGGAUAAUAAACAUUGUUGAUCUUUCCAGUUUUUAAUCCGUUUAUUUCAGUAACUUAUGUAAAAAAAAAUUUAAAAAAAUGAAGGGCUUGAUAAUUUUCAGUUAACAAAGCAUUGUGAAUUAAAAAAACACUUUCUCAUAGCUUCUAAUACAAAUAUACUUUGUAAAAGUUCCAAAAAUCCACCAUGCGAGACAAAAUUAAAAUUGUGUAUAAAUAUAUGUUAUCAAGAAGUUGUGCAAACCUUUAAAUUUUGAAACACAUUGUACUUGUGUGGUGGGGUCAUCCAAAUUCAUGCUGACACGCUCUAGGAAACUUAACGAAUUCAAAAAUAUUGUGAAAGAAAAAUUGUAUUUGAAAAUGACUGAAGAAUGUUUUGUGCUAUUGAGGUGAAUAAAUUUUUGCAACUUGUUAACAAUUAAACAUAAAAUAAAUUUUUCUUAGCAUGUGAGGCGUAAACACAAAACUUUUAUGAAAAAUAACUUUCCAGUGAUUAUUAAAUAAGCAGUGGGAGCAAAAUUUCCUUUCUAAUUGCACCAUUUAAUAAAAAUUCAGUUUAAGAUUUCAUUUCAGAUAUUAAAAGUAGGCCAUACUAGUGUAAUCAAUAUUUGUAUGAACAGCAGGACAAAGAAAAGGAACAUUGCUUUUACCAUAAUAAGUUUAGAUUUGGGACCAUAAAAUUCAGACAUAGUUAUCUAGAAAUCAAAAUGAUCAUAUUUGCUAUGUGAAUGGUCCAAUUUUUCCCAAAUAUGUUUAGUAUAAUUUUCCAACAGUAGUGUGAAUCUCAACUUCCCAUUAUUUCUUGAUUUUCACCCUGCUUGAAAAUUGAAAUGCCUAAAUAUAUACCAGGUUUAAAGCAGUUAAAAUUUUAUAGCGUGUUGAACAAACAAAGGAAAAAAUAUUGCUUUGUGCUUGAGGUAUUCUUAAUGGAAUUUCCUGUAAUGUUUUGUAGAAAUAUUGUGUGUAUUAUGACAUAAAAAAAAUCAUGUGUUUAUUCAAAUUGUGAUGACAGUUGCUUAAAAGUAAGAAUGCUUAAAGAAAUUGAUUCAUUGAAAAAAUAAUGACCAGUUACUAAAAAAUGAGCAGGCUUAUAAAGUAUGUAGUCAUAUUAAAUAUUUGACAGUAACCCCUUCAAGAUGAGUAAAUUAUGCUCAGUAAUUGUUGGAUAUUUUAAAAUCUGUACAGUUAGUUGGGUGUAUGGAUACUGGUCAAUUACGGAGUAAAUAGAUUUCGCUGCAACAUUGACUACUCUUUAAGAUUUAGAAAACUAUACCCAGAAAUUGUUUUAAGAUUUUAUAUUCCAUACCAUUUAUUGAUUCCGUGGAAACUGAUCACUUGCAGAAUUUUGAAAUAUAUUUGUUGUUUACUAUUUAUUCUGUGUGUGCUCAGCCAAAUUGUUACCAUCUUACAAAGAAAAAACAGAAUAAGUAUUAAAUGACUUAUUAAACAAAAUUCUGUAAAGUUUUCAGUCCAAUAAAUGAUUAUUUCCAAUUUUUUUUUUAAUUAUAUUAAUUAUAAAAUAUUUUGAAUAAAGGAAUUUGUAACAGAUCUUUUAGCUUAAACUUAUUGCAUAUUUCUUUAGAAUGACAAUGUUAAACAAAACUUAAUAUUGUUUUGAGAGAGAAAAAAAGGUCAAUGAAUUGAAUUACACAAAACUUAAUAUUUUACCAUAUCUUGGCAUAUAAGUAUAAAUAUUAAAACAAUUAUCUGUUGUGCAAGUUGCAAAAUUACAAUAUUGUCUUAAAAUUAAUAGCACUAUGUUUGUUUUUAAUAUAAAUAUAUAUAUAUACAUAUACAUAUUCAUGUGUUUAGGGAGAUGAUAAAAGAUUUGAAUUGAAUGCCGACUAUUUUUAGACUAACACUUUUAGUUCAUGUUUUUUAUUUUAUUAGGCAAAUGGUUUUGUUGAACAUAUCGUACGUUUUGUAUUGCAGAUUUUCAUUUCAAUUUUUUUAACUGUUUAUUUGUAUUACUUGCGUUUUGUCAUAUUGUAAUAAUGUGAUACUUAAAACAUGCUACACUUAUUACGGUACUUCUUUCUCCCUUUUGCCGUGGAUCUAAAGAUGCAUAGAUGAAUUCUGAAAUGGCCCCUAAAUUUUGUAAUCUUUUAAAAAAGGGAAACAAUUUUUUUUUCAAAUAUAUUACAAUCUGAAAAUUAAGGCUUGUAAUAACUUGUAAGAAUAAUUUUAAGAGAGAAAAUGUGUUUCAAAAAGGUAAACUUUUUUAAGAGAUGCAUGGUUUUGAAAAUGGUGGAUUAACUUAUAAAAUCAGAUAAACAGUUUACAGUUGUUAUUGAGCAUUUUCUAACUUAGGUUAAAAGGGUGAUUCCCUUAAGAGGAUUUCCUACCUUAGGUAUUUUAAAUUUGAAGCCUAACAUGUUUAUUUGAGUAUUGUAUACCUCCUAUUUCUCAAGUAUGAUUUUAAACAACCACGAGUUAAUCUUUGCUUACCAAAAUUCAAAUGAAAAAUUAAUGAUAGCCCUAACAAGAAAUAUAUUCAGCUUUACUUAAACUUUUACAUACAUUCAGUAUAAUUUUUGCUUUAAGACUAUGAAUGAAAAAAUCUGCUCUUUCAGUUAGGUAAACAUAGUUUUCAUUCAAUCUUAGCUUUACAAGUAUUUUAGCCACUACUAUUUCGAAUGAAGUGAUUGCAGAUUAAUUCAAGUUAAUCAGAUAUAUUCUUUUGCUUUUAUGUGAGAUAUGUAUAAAUAUUUUCACAUGUUGAAAAAGAUAUCAAUUAAAAACGUAUAGACAAGUAUUUGAAUCUACGUUAAGAGAUAAUUUUGUGAUGUUGUACAAAAUAAAGAAAUGCUAUAUAACACAAAUUUCUGCUUUUUUCUAUUUUCUAUUAUGUAUAAUUUGACUCUUUCUUGUUACUGACAUGUGCAAUAACUUAUUUUCUCUCUAGUCAAUGUUAAUAAAUGUCACAAUAUUG